AUGGGGUCCCUCGGUUCAGGCGCCAAAAAGCCCUGGAUCCAGACACCACUCAUCGCAUCAGCACCCCUCUCCCGGAUAGCAGGAUGCAACGUCUUCCUCAAACUUGAGAACCUCCAGCCCUCGGGCUCCUUCAAGUCCCGCGGCGUAGGCAACCUCAUGUUCCGCGCCGCCGCCGAGGCCCCGGGCGCGGACGUCCACUUCUACUGCUCCUCCGGCGGCAACGCCGGCCUCGCCUGCGCGACCUCCGCCAUCGCCCUCAACCGCAAGGCCACCAUCGUCGUCCCCACGAUCACCCCGCCCCUCAUGAUCUCCAAGCUCCGUCUCCUGGGCGCCGACUGCGUCCAGAUCGGCGAGAACUGGGCCCAGGCAGACCGCCACCUGCGCGAGGAGCUCCUCGCCAACGACACGAACGGCGUCUACGUCCCGCCGUUCGACCACCCGCACGUCUGGGAGGGCGCCUCGUCGAUCGCCGACGAGCUGGCCGCGCAGCUGCCUGACGUCGACGUCGACGCCGUGGUGUGUUCCGUCGGCGGCGGCGGCCUGAUCAACGGUCUCGCGGAGGGCGUGGAGCCGAAGCGGUGGCGGAAGGGCGAGGGGGAGCCGCCGCGUCUGGUGGCCGUCGAGACGCGAGGGGCGGAUAGUCUGAACGCGAGCGUGCUGGCGGGCGAGCACGUCACGCUGCCGCGCAUGACCUCGAUCGCGAUCUCGCUGGGCGCGACGAGGGUGUCGGAGAGGACGUGGGAGGUGGCGCGGACGACGCCUGGGUUCUGCAGCGUGACGGUCAGCGACGCCGAGGCGGCCAUGGCGUGCGUGCGCUUCGCCGACGAUGCGCUGUUUCUCGUCGAGGCUGCGUGCGGCGCGACGCUGGCGACGGUGUAUAACGGCACGCUGAGGAAGCAGCUUGGAGUCGGCUUGUCGGAUGAGGAGUGGGCGAAGAAGAAUAUUGUGCUCAUCGUCUGCGGUGGUUCGGUUAUCACCAUGGAGAUGCUGGAAGGAUACCGUGCCAAGUAUGGCGAUGCGUUUGCGGCGAAAUAA